CCUAGCAGGACAUGGAGGGAGGAGCCCAGCAAAGCAGACAAUCAAAUCCAGUGUGCGCAAUCACUAACAUCAGCAAAAGAACAGAAUAAAGACAUCUACAUCAUCCGAGAACAAACCAUGUCUUACCAAGGCAAAAAGAACAUCCCCAAAAUCACUAGUGAGAGGCUCCUGAUUAAAGGCGGUCGGAUUGUGAACGAUGACCAGUCCUUCUAUGCAGACAUCUAUAUGGAGGAUGGAGUCAUCAAGCAAAUUGGAGACAACCUGAUAGUCCCAGGAGGGGUGAAGACCAUUGAGGCCGAUGGGAAGAUGGUGAUUCCUGGAGGAAUUGACAUCCACACCCACCUACAGAUGCCCUUCAGGGGCACGAGCACUGUGGAUGAUUUCUCACAGGGCACCAAGGCUGCUCUUGCUGGAGGAACCACCAUGAUCGUGGAUCAUGUGAUCCCGGAGCCGGGCUCGAGUCUGCUGGAGGCGUUCGAGCGCUGGCGUGAAUGGGCCGAUGAGAAAGCAUGCUGUGAUUACGCUCUGCAUGUGGACAUCACCCACUGGAACGACAGCGUCAGACAGGAGGUCCUGAGUCUCAUUAAGGAGAAAGGAGUGAACUCUUUCCAGGUCUAUAUGGCUUUUAAAGACCUCUAUCAAUUGAGCAACAGUGAGAUUUAUGAGAUCUUCACCUUCCUUGGAGAGCAUGGAGGAAUUGCGCAGGUCCAUGCAGAAAAUGGAGAAAUAAUUGCUGAGGAGCAGGCCCGUAUGCUGGAGAUGGGCAUCACAGGACCGGAGGGACAUGUUCUCAGCCGUCCAGAGGAGCUGGAGGCUGAAGCAGUGUUUAGAGCUGUCACUAUUGCCAGUCAAACCAACUGUCCGCUCUAUGUGACCCGCGUGAUGAGCAAGAGUGCUGCGGACAUCAUCUCACAGGCCAGGAAAAAAGGUAAUGUGGUGUUUGGUGAGCCGAUCACGGCCAGUUUGGGAACCGAUGGGACUCAUUAUUGGAGCAAGAACUGGGCUAAGGCGGCAUCUUUUGUGACCUCACCACCCCUCAGUCCUGACCCAACCACUCCUGACUAUCUGAACACCCUGUUGGCCAGUGGUGAUCUGUCGGUGGUGGGCAGCGCUCACUGCACAUUCUCUGUGGCUCAGAAGGCCAUAGGGAAAGACGACUUCACUCAGAUUCCUGAAGGAGUCAACGGAGCGGAGGAGAGGAUGUCCGUCAUCUGGGACAAGGCUGUGGUCACUGGUAAAAUGGAUGAGAACAUGUUUGUCGCUGUGACAAGCACCAAUGCUGCUAAGAUCCUCAACCUUUAUCCACGCAAGGGUCGGAUAGCCGUGGGCUCCGACAGCGAUCUGGUCAUCUGGGACACAGACGCCGUCCGGACCAUCACUGCAAAAACACAUCAUUCUGCAGCGGAGUAUAAUGUGUUCGAGGGCAUGGAGCUGAGAGGUGCGCCCAUGCUGGUCGUCUGCCAGGGGAAGAUUGUUCUGGAGGACGGGAACCUGCACGCGACCGCCGGCACUGGACGUUUCAUUCCCUGCUCCCCGUUUCCGGACUUCGCUUACAAACGCGUCAAAGCCAGGAAACAGAUGGCCAUACUGAAGGCGGUCCCCAGAGGCAUGUAUGACGGCCCCGUGUCUGAAUUCUCACCCAUGUCGAGGGGCGGCACGCCAUCUGCCUCCGCCCGUACCUCACCCACCAAAGCCCCUGUCAGGAACCUCCAUCAGUCUGGCUUCACACUGUCAGGUCCUGAAGAAGCCCCCAUCAGAGCGGCUGGAAGACGCACCUUUAUGCCCCCCGGUGGCCGCUCCAAUAUCACCUCCCUCAGUUAAAUAUAAAGAGCAUGUAAGAGAGAGGCCAGGAUCAAAUCAGAAGUGUAGAAGUAAGGUGAUUAGUCAGGAAAAGAAACAAAAGAAGCGUAGAACACUGAACUCAUGCCUUACCCUCCAUGAUUUCCUCCUGCUGAGUGACUGAAGAUCAGUAGUCCACCUCUGAGAAACAAAGCAUUUAGUGUAGCGUUACGUUCAUUUGUGUGUUUAGAGAAACGGAAUUAGAAAACGUUAGAAUUACCGUAAAAACAACGUUUGCGUUUGUUAAGGAAGGACUACUGCCGUGUGUUUCAUAGAGCUUCGUCUGUAUUCCCUCAUAAGCUUUAUUUGCGUACAUCAGCUGUGAUUAUGCUAGUAAACGUUACUUUGUAAAUGAAGUUGAAGUGUUGAGCAUUUUUUUUUUAAGUAUAAUAAAGCUGAAUGUUAAGGAAAACCAUGCAAUGAUAUACAAGUUAUAUACAUUCACAUACUGUAUCCGUCUCACUGGAGCUGCAGAUAUACAAAAAACAAUAUGCAUCCGUCAUGUGAACUUCAGUCAAACACAUUGAACUCGAAAAAGGAAAAAUAAACUAAACAAAGCCUGCAGGAGAAAGAUAUUCACCUUUUGCAUUUUAGUUCAAGGUUAAAUUAUUAAAGGAUGAUUAACACGUUCUACAGUGUCUUUUCUUAAAUCACAUAAAGUGUUGGAAUAUGUUUUUGAUAUAUUUCUUGUGACGUUGGUAGAAAAGCUCCCUGUUAAUGGAAAGAAACAGUUCAACAUACUGAUGCCCCAAAUAACAGUGGUAUGAAGAGAUUUACCGAUUGAUGUGGAAUAGGUUGUUUAUUAUAUUUAUGUAGGUUUGAUUAUAUUUCCUUUCUUUUUUUAAACAUCUGAGUCAAAAAAGCAGGUGAACAUGAAUGUGUGAUGUGCAAAAUUUGUUCCUCAAUAAACACAAGUUACAACUGA